UGCGGCCGGCGCAGGCGGAGCGGCGGCGGCGAUGGUGGUGGGGCCUGGAGCAAUCCCGAUCCUGCAGUGAGCAGCUCCCACAGCCCGGGAAUGGCCGGGGGCCGGCGGGGUCCCAACAGAACCUCCUACUGCCGGAACCCGCUGUGCGAGCCCGGAGCUGCCGGCGCCUCCGGACACUCCUCGGGCUCCUCCGUCACCGGCGUGCGCUCCCGGACCAGGAGUGGCUCAGGUACAGGCCUUUCCAGCCCCCCUUUGGCUGCACAGACAGUGGUCCCCCUGAGGCACUGUAAGAUCCCAGAGCUGCCUGUGGAGAGGAGUGUCCUGUUUGAGCUCCAGCUCUUCUUCUGCCACCUCGUCGCUCUCUUUGUCCACUACAUCAACAUCUACAAGACGGUGUGGUGGUAUCCACCCUCCCACCCUCCCUCCCACACGUCACUGAACUUUCACCUCAUCGACUUCAACGUGCUGACGGUGACAACCAUCGUCCUGGCCCGGCGGCUCAUCAGUGCUAUUGUGAAGGAGGCUUCCCAGAGUGGCAAAGUGUCCCUGCCACGCUCCGUGUUCCUGGUGGUCACUCGGUUUGCCGUCCUCACCGGCACGGGCUGGAGCCUGUGCCGAUCCAUCAUCCACCUCUUCAGAACCUACUCCUUCCUCAACCUCCUGUUCCUGUGCUACCCGUUCGGGAUGUACAUUCCCUUCCUCCAGCUGAACUGUGACCUGCGCAAGGCGGGGCUCUUCGCACAGGUGGCCAACAUCGGCCCCAGGGACACGGGCGAGGUGGGGGCGCGGGGCAGGGACUACCUGACGGUGCUGAAGGAGACGUGGAAGCAGCACACGCGGCAGAUGUACGGCAUGGAGGCCAUGCCCACCCACGCCUGCUGCCUGUCCCCGGACCUCAUCCGCAACGAGGUGGAGUACCUCAAAAUGGACUUCAACUGGCGCAUGAAGGAGGUGCUGGUGAGCUCCAUGCUCAGUGCCUACUACGUGGCCUUCGUGCCUGUCUGGUUUGUGAAGAACACUCAGUACUACGACAAACGCUGGUCCUGUGAGCUCUUCCUGCUGGUUUCCAUCAGCACCUCCGUGAUCCUGAUGCAGUACCUGCUCCCUGCCCGCUACUGUGACCUGCUCCACAAGGCUGCAGCACACCUGGGCUGCUGGCAGAAGGUGGACCCAGCCCUCUGCUCCAACGUGCUGCAGCAUCAGUGGACUGAGGAGUGCAUGUGGCCUCAGGGGGUGUUGGUGAAGCACAGCAAGAACGUGUACAAGGCCGUGGGGCACUACAACGUGGCCGUGCCCUCCGACGUCUCGCACUUCAGAUUCCACUUCUUUUUCAGCAAACCACUGAGGAUCCUCAACAUCCUGAUCCUGCUGGAAGGAGCCGUCAUCUUCUACCAGCUUUACUCGCUGAUUUCUUCGGAGAAGUGGCACCAGACCAUCUCUCUGGCUCUGAUCCUCUUCAGCAAUUACUACGCCUUCUUCAAGCUGCUGCGUGACCGUCUGGUGCUGGGCAAAGCCUACUCAUAUGCUGCCAGCAGGGACUCAGAGCAGAAGUUAAAUUAAAACAAUUGCACUGAUGCUCAGCUUGUUACAGAACAAACAAAACAAGAAACCCUCAGAGCUUUGUAUUUUUGUUACCACUGCUUUUUUUUUUUCUUUGAUAACUGAUGUAAUUAAAAGGAAAAAAAAAAACGUAUUUUUUUACUCCCAACAA